AUGCUAUUUAUGAAGAUGGAUCUGUUGAACUACCAGUACUUGGACAAGAUGAACAACAAUAUCGGCAUCCUGUGCUAUGAAGGUGAAGCUGCUCUCAGGGGAGAACCCAGGAUGCAGACCCUCCCUGUGGCAUCUGCCCUCACCAGUCACCGCACAGGCCCCCCGCCCAUCAGUCCCAGCAAGAGGAAGUUCAGCCUGGAGCAAGGGGACGAUGGCCUGGACUGUGAAAACGACCAUGCUUCCAAGAUGAGUCGCAUCUUCAACCCCCAUCUGAACAAGACUGCCAACGGAGACUGCCGAAAAGACCCCCGGGAGCGCAGCCGCAGCCCCAUUGAGCGUGCCGUGGCCCCCACCAUGAGCCUUCACGGCAACCACCUGUACACGUCCCUCCCCAGCCUCAGCAUGGAGCAGCCCCUGGCGCUGACCAAGAACAGCAUGGACGCCAGCAGGCCGGCUGGCAUCGCGCCCACGCUGACCCCUGCGGAGCGGCAGCAGAACCGGCCUUCGGUGAUCACGUGCGCCUCGGCCAGCACCCGCAACUGUAACCUCUCCCACUGCCCCAUCGCGCACAGCGGCUGCGUGGCGGCGGGGCCAGCCAGCUACCGGAGGGCCCCGAGCUCCACCACCACCUGUGACCCCGUGGUGGAGGAGCACUUCCGCAGGAGCCUGGGCAAGAACUACAAGGAGCCCGAGCCGGCGCCCAACUCGGUGUCCAUCACGGGCUCCGUGGACGACCACUUUGCCAAAGCCCUGGGUGAUACAUGGCUUCAGAUCAAGGCGGCCAAGGAUGGCGCAUCCAGCAGCCCCGAGUCAGCCUCACGCAGGGGCCAGCCCUCCAGCCCCUCGGCGCACAUGGUCAGCCACAGUCACUCUCCCUCCGUGGUCUCGUGA